UCCUGCCGCGAGCGCGGCCAUUUCUACUUCGUCCGUGCGACUUUCCGGCAGUGCGGAGCGCUGCUCCUCUGACGUCGUGGGUGCUUCUUAAGGGGAAGCGAGACCGCGGAAGCGCAGCUAUGACCGAGGCUGAUGUGAACCCGAAGGCCUACCCUCUCGCAGACGCCCACCUCACCAAAAAGCUCUUGGACCUCGUGCAGCAGUCAUGUAACUACAAGCAGCUUCGGAAAGGAGCCAACGAGGCCACCAAAACCCUCAACAGAGGCAUCUCCGAGUUCAUCGUGAUGGCCGCCGACGCAGAGCCCCUGGAGAUCAUCCUGCACCUCCCGCUGCUGUGCGAAGACAAGAACGUGCCCUACGUGUUCGUGCGCUCCAAGCAGGCGCUGGGGCGGGCCUGUGGGGUCUCCAGGCCCGUCAUCGCGUGUUCCGUCACCAUCAAAGAGGGCUCGCAGCUGAAGCAGCAGAUCCAGUCCAUCCAGCAGUCUAUUGAAAGGCUCUUGGUCUAAACGGGUGGCAUCCGCCACGCUCUGCCACGGCGCCUCCCUCUAGGUUGUGUAUUAUAUUGUCUGUGUUAACGUGUAGUAUUUUCCAGCCACCUUACAUUGUUAUAUUGUUCUGGUAAAUCUAGUGUUUGCAUUUUUUAUUACUUUUUCUGUCUUGCAGGUUGUCACCCACCCCUGCCCUAAAUCUCCCCUUCCACCUUCUCUCUGCCACCUUUCUCCUCUUGUGGAAAGUGAACUAAGGCCCCCUGCAGGUGGGAGCAGAGCGGGGACGCCAUUCAGAGGCAGGGACGAGCCAGGAUGGAGAUCUGGUCCCAGCUCUCGGGCACGGACCCCUUUCUGUGUGCGGGCGUGGUGAAGUAAACACCACCCGCGUGGCUUCCCUCAUGCCGGCGUGCGGAGUCAUUCCGUGUGCAUCUGAAUGGUCUAGGGGGCUCCUGUGCUCUCCAGGGAUCGUGUGUCAUUCGGGGAGGAAGCAUGUGUUCUGUGAGGUUUCCAGUUGUGCGCCCACACGGCGUCUGCUCAUGAACCCCGGCUGUUCGCCUUUGGUGAUGUGAUGUUACGCCGGUCUGCCCCCGCCCCCAGCUGUGCCCCUGAGGGUGGCGGGGCAGCAGCACACCAGAGAGGUGUGUGCUGCUAAAAUCCAGGCGUGGCCUGUGCUAGGUAGAUGGGCCGUUGACCCAGGUCUUAAAGGAGCCCAGAAUGACAAGAGAAAACAGGAUCAACUGGUCCUGGAAUGAAGGAUUCUGGGCAAGACUCGGAGACCUGGAAGCUACGACAGAGAUAACGGAAGGAAUCCAAGGAAGCGUCCUCUCUGGCGAAUGGAGAGUUCUUCAGUGGACGCUUGGCACCUGCUGUGAGAGCCCUUACCCCGUUUCCUGCCAUGAUGUGGGUCAGAUGUAUGUGUCUUUAUCACAUUAGAAGGACAGUGCUAAUGUAUCAUUCUUACGAGAGUCCCAGUAAAGAGAUAUAUUCAUA